GGAAGGAUUACGCUGUAACACACAAAGCUGUAUCGUUUCCGGCCAGCUCAGCGCGUCAGCCCCGUCAGUCCUGUGGUGUUGUCAGUUUACAGCCUCUCAAACACUGGUACCAGUUAGCAGCAGGGUUACUCUUAGUGGUGCAGAGGUGAGAGCGGAACAGCGCGGACAUGGUGCUGCUGACGAUGAUCGCUCGGCUGGCGGACGGACUGCCGCUGGCCGCGUCGAUGCAGGAGGACGAGCAGUUGGGUCGUGACCUGCAGCAGUAUCAGAGUCAAGCUAAGCAGCUCUUCAGGAAACUCAAUGACCAGAGUCCCACGCGCUGCACUUUAGAGGCGGGGUCCAUGGCAUUUCACUAUGUUAUAGAGAAAGGAGUCUGCUACCUUGUGCUGUGUGAAGCCAGCUUCCCUAAGAAGCUGGCCUUUGCCUACCUAGAAGACUUGCAGGCAGAGUUUCACGAGCAGCACGGAAAGAAGGUCCCCACAGUAUCCCGGCCUUACUCCUUCAUCGAAUUUGACACCUACAUCCAAAAAACCAAGAAAUCAUACAUUGACAGCCGAGCGAGGAGGAAUCUGGGCAGCAUCAACACAGAGCUCCAGGAUGUACAGAGGAUCAUGGUGGCUAACAUAGAAGAGGUGCUGCAGAGAGGAGAGGCUCUCUCUGCGCUCGACUCCAAGGCCAGCAACUUGUCCAGCCUGUCAAAGAAGUACAGGAGCGAUGCCAAGUAUCUGAAUACUCGUUCCACCUAUGCCAAGCUGGCAGCCGGUGGUGUCUUUUUCAUCAUGCUCAUUGUCUACGUGCGCUUCUGGUGGCUCUGAGAAGGGAAAGAAAAGAACAGGAAGGAGGUAUUAAAGUGGAAAACGAGCUGCACCGAGUGUGCAGAUGCUAAAAACAGGAUCCCUGACCUUAAUAAGACUUUACAGACAUACCACCGCCCAUGUUGUUGUGUGAUCUGAAUAUAAAUGAUGUCAUAAUA